AUGUACUGCAGCAAAGAGUGCCAGAAGAAGGCAUGGCCUCAACACCGGACUGCAUGUCGCGCGCAAUGGGUCAAAGACGCCGAGGGAGCCAACGGCGCGGGAGCCGGACCCCGCGAUACCACAAUCGCAGAAUCGCCUUCUCCCCCUAUCUCAGUGGCGACACUUAUGGCGGCAAUGAAUGCAUGGGUGGAAGCCCACCAUUACGAGCUAGGCCUUUUAGCGACGGCCACCGUGUGCCUGAAUGGCGGCUUCACCCUGCAUUUUGACCGGCAGGCUCCGCGCACGCUCAUCAUCGACAUGGAGCCCUUGCAGACAGUGGCGACUUCCCUGCUCAGCCGCGGCUCUGACGACAACCCCGCCGAGGGCUUCCUUCUUUGCUCUGUCAUGUCUGUGUCCAAGGCCCAAAUCGACGGGAGUGCCACAUCGGGUCAUUCAGAAAAGUACGAUUGGGACAUGGUGCGGGAGGCGUGCCGCACGAUGGAGGCCACUCUGCGCGCACACAAAGGAGACGACCCGACGCUCGUUGGGGCGCUGUCGACGCUGUACAUGCUCAAGAACUCUCCGCUCUUACGCCACCAGCCGAUCGGCAUCUCACGCCUGCCCCCAACCCGCGGCGACACUAUCGACGCGCAGACGCGCGCGAUCUUCGAGGAUGUUAGGACGCUCUGUGUGAGCGCGAUAUCGGCCGGGCUCGUUCUACACCCGCCGACUGCCACGUCCAGCGACGGGGGUCGGCCGUCGCCACACGUCGGGAGGUUGGUGCGCAUGCGCAAGAAGGAGUGGGAGUGGACGCCAGUGCCGGACUGGGACUGGGGACGUGCGGUAGCUAGCGGGACGUUCCUGCGCGGGCAGAUCAAGACUAAACUUCACCCAGAAGAGCUUUGGCGGCGAUUCUACCACGGAUGA